AUGGGCUCCCCUCUCUCCCCCAUCCUCUCUGAAAUCUACAUGACCUCCUUUGAACAGCAUGCUCUCAGCAGUUCACUAAUCAAACCAACCUGCUGGUUCAGGAAGGUUGAUGACACCUUUGUUAUCCUCCCUAAAAAUAACGACCCCACUGCCCUCCUCCAGCACCUUAACCAACAGCACCCUCGUAUCCAAUUCACCAUUGAAACUGAAACCAACUCACAACUUCCCUUCCUGGAUGUCCUAGUCACUCGCACCACUGACAACACUAUCCAAACCUCUGUCUACCGCAAACCCACGCACACUGACCAGUACAUCCACUUUGACUCUAACCACUCUGUCAGAACUAAAACCGGCAUUAUCUCCACUCUUACCCGCCGAGCACUCAACCUACCCUCUGUCACCCCUCAACCUGAACUUAAACACCUCCGGCAUGUCUUCACCCAACUUAACAACUAUCCCACUAAACUUGUUGACCGUGUCAUUAACUCCACCCUCAACCCAGCACCCAAACCCACCACUAGCAAGCCCGACUCCGCUCCCAUUCGCAUCUCACUACCCUACAACGGCAAAACUUCACAUCACAUCAGUCGCUUACUUAGACAGCAAGCAGACAUAGACACAUACUUCUCCACGGCCACACCUCUCCAAACUAUCAUUAAGGCAAACGCCUUGAUGGAUUCCAUAAAGGAGAGGAAUCUGAGCGUUGAUUGCAAAUCAUCAAAUAUGGAAAGAUGA